GAUGGAAACCGAUUUACGGAAACCGCGGAGGAGAACAGUGACCUUUAACCCCAAUAUGUCAGCCUCCAGUUGUUGAUGGCAUGACAAAAUCACAUUUGUGUGGUCCCAAACUAUUUUUGAUCUAAUUUAGUAAUUAUUUUACGUUUUAUGCUGUCCCUUUAUUCAUAUAUAAUUCCCAAUGUUCCUAAUAUGUUAUUCUGACUGAGCUAUCUAGAUCUUGAGGUAUUGUAGCCGUAGGCGUAGGGGAUGUUGACAAGAACUUGAACUUUGAAGAAGGGAUAUGCAAAUGGAGAAAGAUGAGAAUUUUGCAGAUGACGUUGCGAACCUAUGCUAUCGUCAUUAUUCUCAGCUGCCAAAGAAAGGAAAGCCAUCAGUACCAGGUGAGUGGACACUCAUGGCUGUCAUCGUUCUGACUCAUGACGAAAGCCGAAAGAUGAGGGUCGUUUCCAUGGCAACCGGUUCCAAGUGCCUUGACAGAGACCAGCUGAGUGAGAAGGGUGAUACUGUCAGUGACAGUCAUGCAGAAGUCUUAGCUCGCCGGGGUCUAGUCAGGUUCCUCAUACAGGAGGUGGGUGACCUGUUGGAUGGGAAGUGCGAUGGAAUCUUGGAAGAGGUCAGCGCACGACCUUUCAAGGUCAGGUUGAAGGAUGGCGUCGGCUUCCACCUGUUCGCAACCCACACGCCCUGCGGCGAUGCAUCCGUCUUCCCGAAGGAGCAGGAAGCUGCCGGUGGCGCCGACACGGUAACCGUGGCAACGCCCGCGAAGCGCGGACCCUCGUCGGAGUCGGCCGCCGCGAAGAAACGUCGCCGCAUCGAGACGGAUGUUACCCCGCCGAAUUCGGAUGCUAUAGUGGCGCCGCUUGCCAGUGAUGGAGGUACCGACAGAUGCCACGGGCACAACGGAUUCAGCAUCGACACGGCGGCGUCCUCUGUCAACGGUUGUAAAACGCGCGGCGAAUUCCAAGCGGAGAUUAAGGCUGACACCGUAACCACGACAACGCCGCGGGGCGAGGAUGCCAUCGAGGACGCCGGCGAGAGAGACGUGGCGCCCUCAGAUAUCCAUCGCACGGGCGCGAAGUGCGUCCCGGGCGGCGCGCAGGACGCGAGGGUGCCAGGGGUCGGCUACCACAUGACGGGUGCGUUACGCACGAAGCCUGGGCGAUCGCGCGGCAAGGGGACCGUCUCCAUGUCGUGCAGCGACAAGCUCGCGCGCUGGAACGUGCUCGGCCUCCAGGGGGCGCUACUCUCGCUUGUCAUGCCUAUUAACGUCAAUAUAUACGAGGUCUCCUAA